AGAUGGCGCUUCCUACGAAAUGUGUUUUCAUGAAGAAGCCUCUUGAAACGCUGAUGCUUGCACAGUCAAAAAGAAGUCUUUUCGUCGACUACACAUUAAAAUGUCCUGUCAUGACACAUGUGUUGACGAAAAAUGACAAAAAAUCGACAUUAGGAACAUGUCCUUUCAGCUCAGGAAGUGUAAUGCAGAUGUUAUCAAAAGUUGUCAACAAAGCUAUUCAUACGGCUGCCAAACAAAGUGCGGAGCAUUCAGCUGAAAAAGCUAAUCAAACUGAAAAAAAAAGAAGCGAUGACAACGAGAAAAAGCCGUUUAAUUAUGAUUCUUUUUUCGAAAACAUGAUUCAGAAGAAGAAAGAUGAUCACAGCUACAGAGUGUUUCGUAAAGUUAAUCGCAAGGCGCAAAGCUUCCCCAUGGCUGAAGACUUUUCCUUCUCGAACAUUCCACGGGACAUCACGGUGUGGUGCAGCAAUGAUUACCUUGGAAUGAGCCGGCAUCCGUCUGUGGUCGAGGCUGCAAAAUCGAUCAUCGAGGAAAACGGUGUAGGUGCUGGUGGCACACGCAACAUAUCAGGCACUAGUUAUUACCAUGGCUUGCUCGAAGAGACGCUUGCGCAGUGGCAUGAAAAGGAGGCUGGUCUUCUUUUCACAUCCUGUUUUGUUGCCAACGAUACGGCAUUGUAUACGUUAGGCUCGAAACUACCUGGCUGUAUUAUUUUUUCUGAUGCUGGAAACCAUGCUUCUAUGAUACAUGGUGUGCGAACGAGCGGAGCGAACAAAGUCGUAUUUCGUCAUAACGACCCGCAACAUCUUGAAGAGGUGUUAAUGAAAGCUGAUCCUAACGUACCCAAAAUUGUUGCAUUUGAAACAGUGCAUUCAAUGUCUGGGGCAGUGUGUCCACUGGAAGUUUUAUGUGACAUAGCUCAUAAGUAUGGUGCACUUACCUUCAUAGACGAGGUGCAUGCUGUUGGUUUGUAUGGUCGCCAUGGUGCUGGCAUUGGCGAACGUGACAACUGCUUGCAUAAAAUGGACAUCAUUAGUGGUACUCUGGGAAAGGCUGUCGGCUGUGUUGGUGGAUAUUUGGUGGGAAGCGCGUCACUUAUUGACACUCUGCGAAGUUACGGCUCUGGCUUUAUCUUCACUACCGCUCUUCCGCCAGACAAGGCAUACGCGGCUGUGACUUCAAUCAACAUUCUCCGUGGUGAAGAAGGCCAAGCACUGCGAAAACAACAUCAGGCGAAUGUCAAGCAGUUAAGAACAAAGCUUGUUCAACGUGGCUUUCCGGUUGAGUACGCUCCAAGUCAUAUUGUACCAAUCCUGACGGCGGGCAACGCGGAGAAGUGUACCAGUGUGUCUCAUCAUUUGCAAAACGAACAUGGAAUUUACAUUCAAUCGAUCAACUACCCCACUGUAGCUGUCGGAGAUGAAAAACUUCGUGUUGCGCCUACACCGUUCCACACAGAAGAAAUGAUGGAUCGUUUGGUCGAAGGACUAGACGAGGCGUGGAAAAAAUUUCGGUUACCGUACGUACAGCCGGUCUGUACAUCGAAAUGUAAAUGUCAGUUUGCAUGCGAAGCGUUUAAACAACAACACGCUGUACAAGUUUAAUGCCAGGUUGAAUUUCAUUUUAGUCGUGCUGGUUUAUUUUUAUAUCGCAGCUAUUUUUGUACUUUCGCACGUAUGACCACUGAUAAUCUUAAUCCUAUGCCUC